AUAUAUAUAUAGAUAUAGAAAGAUUUGUAUUUAUAUUCAGCUUUCUGAGUUCAAACUUGGCAUAACCGCCUUUUGCUGCCAUUACAGGAGAUAGUUAUUUAGGAUAUGUUUCUAGAAGUUUUGCACACCUUUAGACUGAAAUACUUAUCAAGUCAUCUGAACAAAAUAGCUGAAGCUCAGUCAGAAUGGAGGCACAUUAGUUCAAAUCACGCCACUGAUUUUCCAUUCAAACUUUUCAAAGCCGUUUGUUCACCAUUGCUCUCUUACAAAAAUAAUAUGAAUCGACCUUGCGUUCUUGCCUUUUAUCUUGCCCUUUUUGAAUUUUUUCAGCUCACUAAAGUUAACUAGUGGAAUUUUGUCACUUAGCCAAAAGAAAGUAUCUUCUCUAUGACAUUCCAAACGAUUAUGGUGUUGUUGUUUUCAACUAUUUGCCAUUUGUAACAUUAAUGACCUCAUUAUGAGACAAUAAAACAAAGGCUCAUGAAGAUCAGCCAUUUUAUUUUAAUUAAAAUAAUCCAUAAUUGUGUAAUUUUUAUGUUAACUAUGUGAACUGCAUUAGCAAAACACAAGUUGCAGCUGGGUUUGAAGGAUUUAAUUUAGGGGUAUUAAAGAACGUGGGGGCUAGUUAUGAAAGUUAUGAAAACAAAUGGACCCUACUUUUUAGAUUUUAAAACCAUAUAUAAUUUUUCUACUUCUAUGUGUUAAUUACAACCUAUCACAUUAAAUCCUAAUAAAAUGCAUGAAUUUGUGACUGUAAAGUAACAAAAGUUUGGGAAGUUGAAGGAGCAUCCGAAUUUUUGAAAGCACUGCAAACUGUAACUGCAACAUUUCGGUGUUAAAUGCUUGGAAAACGUUUUUCCCUGAUUAUAUUUAAUUCAGUGUUAUAACAAGUAAAAUAGUUGCGAAAGGGUCAUUUGAAUGCAAAUCAUACAUUGGGGCUUAACAAAUAAGAAGCUUGUGAAAGAGUGUUUUACCUUGCAGUCAUCGAUGCUGGUUUUCCCUGUGUAGAGGUUGAAUGUUCCUGCUGGACAUCGAUUAGGUGCAGAUACAUUUCCAGGGCAACUAUAGAGCAGAAAUGAAGUAGGCGAAACAUCAUCAAUUAUUAAUUUCCUCUAUCUCAUGUAAAAAUAAAUAAAUAAAAUACUGUCCUCCAGUUUCAAAUAUGCCUGACGACUUACAAGUGACCAGAAGGACAAUCCAAACAAAGCUGCUGGUUGAAGUACUUUCCUUCUGGACACACACCAACAUACACUUCAUCACUGAGAAUAAGAUCUGCACUCCCCUCUGGGACUUCUCACACCAAAAUAGGGAGAAUGUAGAAAUUGGUCAUUAUGUUGAUAAAUGUACUUCAGGAAAUAAUAAAAGCAUGAAGAUUGCUCUUCUUACCUGAAGCAGCUCCAGGUUGCAUGAGCAGCAGAAAAAUCCCAGGAGCUAAAACACACAGCAAACACAUAGCCCUCGCCAAGCACAUCAUAUCUAGAUGUCUAAACCCGUGUGCAAGAGCAUGUUACAGGUUUUCUCCAUUUCCAGAGCACAGUAUUUUCGGUCUAAUCCUACACGGAUAAAUGUUUAGAGCCAAGAAAGAAAAAAAAAAGAGCGGGAGGCCUGUUUGCCUGAAAGUGAAAUGAGCACGAAAUGUGAUUCCCAGGUGGUGACUCAAGCUGACAGUGAUGUGCAAUUAGGUUCUGUAACUGUAUCUGUGACUUUCAUUAUGCAUGAGCAAGUGCAAACGCUAGCCUAGUUGUUUCUGUUAGUGGAUCACAGCAAAUUAUUUAUGUUACGCAUGAGCUGUCAUUCACUGUAAGCAGGGAGAUUUUAAGACAUUGAAUAUGUCAGAGUCAUUUAUUUGCAUGGAAUAAAUGGAUGCAAGCAAGGCACAUUUUUGUUUUCGCAGGGAAAUAAUUGAAAAAUACAUAAUUCAAAUAUAGAGAAGCAUCAAAAAGUUGACUACAGCAGACACAAAGCUACAAAAGCAAACGACACCCUCAGCCUUCCUGCAUUAGCAUGUGCUGUGUGGCCUUUAAAAAGCUCGGUGUCAACUGCAUGAACAUAGUAUUACUCCACAAGUGAAAAACUUUAUCUUCAGUAAAAAAAAAAUAAUAAUAAUAAUAAUAAAAAAAAACAUUUAAAAAAAAUCACUACUGUAUAAUUGUGUUCCAUGAUGCGUUUACCCUAUCUGUUUCUUAACAGCACUUUUCUGACAGGAAGCCAGAUGCGAUGUAUGGAAAGUUGUGCAUUAUUUUUGCACACCCCUGAAUCCUUUUGAACACCACUUCCUGUACCCGAACUCAAGAGGAGAAACAUAUAUGUGGGUAUGUGCAGGUGCAACCAACAGCAGGCUGCAAGAACACAGGGUACUUUAUGUUUGAAUAUAAGGAACAAAGAAAUAAGAAAGAAGGAGCUGCAAUGCAGGUCUUAGUCUACUUGAUCAUACUCUUCCUUUCGGUUCUGAAAGGAAGUGUGAUUUCUGAAAAUGCAAAGGCACCCACCGAUUACAAGAUGGUAAGACAGGGGCAAAGUCUCAUGCUGAGCUGCACCUAUAACUGCUCGUCUGGAUUCGUCCGCGGCUUCUGGAGGACAGAGUCUGAUAUCGCUCCUUGUAACACAACUAAAAGUAAUGGAAGCUUUUGCACCGUGUCCGUCUGCCUGUCAAACAUUUCUACUCAAGAUACAGAGAAGAACUACAGUUGCUACACAGAAGACACAGACGACCCUAAGCUCACAAAAACAACAGUUCACACAGUUUUCCUUCGACUUCAAGCUCCAGACACUGUCCCAAACUGGACAAGUAACCCAAACAUUCUUCUUGAAAAUGCAUCUCUUCCUACUGAACUGGGUACUUCAAACAGAGGACAGUUUAAUGUAAUGAAGGUUUUGGCAGCGGUAACCGUCACAGUGGCCAUGGUUCUUGCAGUUUUGGCCGUCUUCUUGUGCGUGUAUCGCAACAAGCCGAUCUGGAAGGGUAGAGGGCAGCAGGUUGUGUCCAAGUCAAGCUCAUCUCAAUCCCCAAGUGACGUCCUCCUACCGGUAAAAGGGACGCUAUCGACACAAAGUGAGAAAAUAACCUUACGAAUUCCUCCGCCCGACAAUGAGGGGGACACAGAGGUUCCAUAUGCGGACAUAAUGAUCACCGUCCGAGGGGUCAGUACACCCGAGCUCACUAAGGUUGGCUACUUAGGAACAGGAGAGUGGCGUGGAGAUGAACCAAGAUGCCACCUGCAGGCCUCGCGUUCAGCUGACAGACUGCACGUUCCCCAGCCCAGAGAGGUCAGCCGCAAGAUGAGCACCAACUCUGAGUAUGCGGUUAUCACAUACGCCUGACCACAAGCACUUCAGCCUGCCUUUCACUGGACCGUGUGGUCCAGGAAGCAUCCACCGUACACCUCGGUAAAAUUUUCCAAUCACAUUUCAGAAACUUACUUUGUAAACCGUUAUUCAAAUACUCCUGUUAAUGCGUUUUUGCAAGGUCUGUUCCAUCAAGUGCUGCUUUAAAUGCAAAGGUAAUAAAACGCAAAUAGAGAGAAAUCAUGGACAAGAAAGCACAGGUGCUUUCUUGUUUUGCUGGUGCUUUUCUCUCUGACAACAGCAGGCCUGCAUAUGGACAACAUGCAUUAAGUGUAUGGUUGAUACAGUUAAGUUUUAAUGCAUUCUUUUUAUCUGCAAAUGGAUCAUUUUAAAGAGACAAAUCAUUUGACUUGAGAAAAACCAUUUCAAAGUACAAUUAAAAGAUAAACCCUGAACAAAUUGUUGAAAGACCAAAUCCCCUUUCUGCUGAUUUGGAGUUUCAAAAUGUUACAUUUAAAAAAAAAAAAAUCUUGCAUUGAGCCCCUAAAAUACUCACAACAUAUUUUUGUGCCAAUCCACAUUAAUUCUGAAGUUGUCUUUUCUUAGGAUUUUGUAGAAGCAGCAUUUUGUUCACAUAACCUCUAUGCCAGGGAUGCAUUAGCCUACACACAGCUAUUUCAGCACCCAGUAGAGGCUUAUUGUGCAGGUUUACUGUAACCUAGAUACUUAUGCAUCUUCUCUGGUUAAGAUGUUGUAAAUGUUCUUCUUAGCCUUGUGCAAGCAAACAAAAAAAACAACAACAGGGAAAUCUAUUUAUAGAGCUUAAAAUAAAACUUCUUGAAUAAAGAAAUCGAGCAAAUACAAUUUUUUUAAAAUCAGGAUUGUAUAAAUAAUCAAGGUUUCCUUUAAACAAAAUUGUGCUGAUCUUAUAACUGAAUAACUGCAAGAAAAACUAACUGAUUGUAAAUAGAAUAUAAAUAUAAGUACAUUAAAUGUUUCAGCAGAUGAAAUCCACAUGUAUAGCACAUUGUUAAUACAGUGUUUUAUGUGUAGUAAAAGUUCACAAUAUUUAUAAGAUGUAUUUACUCUUUCAAACUUGAAAGCCCCUAGUUAAGCAAACCGUGAUUUUU